AUGCUGAAACGACUGCUGCAAGAGCCGGACCUACGCGGCCUCCUCCAUGGCGCGCUCAGUGUUAUUCUGUUUAUGAACUGCGCCAUAUUCAUUCUAAGUUGCAUCAGACACGUCUACGUCGCCCGCCGGGUACCUAAGUACUUGCGACGAGUCGGCAUCCACGGGAUCAGCAACCUCGCCGACCAGUACGACACCAAAUACCACGGGGAUGAAGAAGCCAUCGCGAGAAGUCGGAUUGUAAUCAAAGCGCUUUACAUCCAUCCCAUAAAAUCCUGCGCUCCUAUCGAGCUGCAGCGGGCGCAGCUCACCAAGACAGGCUUUGCAUAUGACAGAUGUUUUGCGCUGGCGGUCGACGCGAAGGAAGAUGAAUGGCAGUUUAUCAGUCAACGCACCAAACCCCAAAUGUCGCGGAUAAAGCAGGAGCUGUGGUUGCCAGGACCGAGCAGCAAGCAAAGCGAUAUGCUUGUCGAAGCAGGCGGCUGUCUUAUCGUGAGCUUCCCCGACCCGGAUCCUGCGGAUCUUCUACAGCGCCUGAAAGCCAUCUUUGAGACAUGGACACUGUCUGCAAAGCCUGAAGUUCGCUUCACGGUACCGCUACUACCAACUCCUGAUCACAUCAAUCAAAUGAAGGUCCAGAUGAAGCACUUUACGAUCCAUAGUCGUCAAGCAACGGGUCUUGAUCUCGGCCAGCUUCCUGAUGUCGUCACAGUGAUACCCAAGCUGAAGCGGUUCCUCAACAUUCCUCCGCGCCAGAGCCUUACCCUGAUGAGAUGCACGCCCGACACUCUGGUCCGCACAACAAAGAACCUCGCUCCUCUGGAUCAUAUCGGCACCCCGGCCAUGCAUGGCUACACUGAUCAACAGCCUGUCCACAUCAUCAACCUGUCCUCUGUGCACUCAGUAUCAAAGCUUCUUCCACCCGAGAACCAGCCUCUCAGUGCCCUUCGCUUCCGAGCAAACAUAUAUCUGACUGGUGCUCCGGCAUUCUCGGAAGAAACGUGGAAGAGGUACCGGAUCUUGCCAAAGACGGCGAGCUCUCGAAAACCUACAAGAGUGACAAGCACCUUGUCGGUGGUGUGCCGGACGUCACGCUGCACAAUGCCCAACGUCAACCCAGACACGGGGAUCUUUGAACACGAUAAUUCGCGCCCUGAUCGGAAGAAGGGAGUUCCGCAGCCCAGCGCGACUUUGGUGGAACAUCGCACAGUCGAAGAUGGGAACCCCAAGGCACUUGGAUACCUUGGAAUGCACUGUGUGCCUGAAGAUUCAAGCCUCAAGGAGGCGCGGGAUCACAGUGGUGAGCUAUGUAUCGAGGUUGGCGACGAGAUUGAGGUUCUGGAGACGGGUUCUCAUCUGUAUGGGUCGACGGAGAAUGACUAUUAA